GUCAAUUCACGAUGUUUAGAAUGGGUUUCAUUAAUUCUAAAAUGUGGACUUAAACAUUUUCCUGACUGGAUUAGCUGGUAAUCUUAAUGAAAUGAAACAAAUGUGAAAAAAAGUUGGAAUAUCGUAUUUAUUCAUCAUGGAUCUUCAUUUUGUACCGGCUACAAUGUUAUGUUCAGUUAUAAUAUGUGGUAUUCUGGCUCGCGUGGGUGGGGAAAGUUUUGAUGGAAGGGCCCAUUCUUACACACGGAGUUUCGUUGCUCCGACAAUAGACGACCUGCGCGAACUUCAGGACAAGGAUUUAAAUCCGGAUGAAACACCGGAACUUGCCGAGUUCAACUACAACAACUAUGGAGUUCAGAGCCUGCUGCUGACCGACUACAGACCAGAUCCCCUGCUUUGGUCCUUUACACGAGAUUCUGAAGUUACAAGUUCGAUGGCGUCAGCCUGUCGGAAGUGCAUGGUGGCGGGAAACAUCGAGUGCGUGCGCACCAUGUGUCAGCUGCACUCAGCAGUUACUGCGUACCGUUCAAGGAGUAGCGCUGACGAACAGAAAUCCGCCUUUAUCGCUCAACACAGCGACAUUCUUUGUUCGCUGUGUAAACAGACUCGUGACGUCAUGUGUACAAUGAGAAUGUGUGUGGACCCCGAGCGCGGACAAAAUAUCAUCGACAGCGGCGUCCAGUGCUUCUCAGGUAUCUGUCGCUGGGAAAAGGAGUCCGUGUCAACAGCGGGCUUCAACAAUCGUUACCAGGCGUGGUGGCAGCCUCAGAGCCUCUACUAUUUCUUUGAUUACGUUUCCAAGGAGAUUGCCACUGCAUACGGCGACCUGGUCUCCGGCACGUCCAGGGCUAUCAACGAGCUGGGAUAGAAACUUUGGUGGGCGAUACUAUAACACUUGCCUUUGAACAAUAAACAACUAUAAAUACUGCGUGUGCUAUAAAACCUAUGGUUGGGCAAUAUUAUAACAAUUUUCUAUUAACAAUAAACAACUAUAAAUA